UAUGAUACACUCCCUCCAUUAACGCGUGGGUCCAACAUUCUCUCUCUCUCCACUCACUUUGUUCACAGUUCACAAGUUUUCUACUUCCCUCUCCCCCCCCCCUCUCUCAUCCAGUCAAACAAUCAAACAAACUCAUUUAGCAUAGACAGUGAAGCAGGCUUUCUCUAGCAGCUAGAGAUGGCAGAGGGAAGAGGGUCCACUCUCGUGCACCUCUUGGUCGUGGUUCUGUGCUUGGUCGCUUUCGGGUUCGCCAUUGCCGCCGAGAGAAGAAGAAGCGUCGGAACCAUGCACAAAAUUGAAGGAACAAAUGAAACAUUCUGCAGCUAUAGUUCAGAUGUUGCCACUGGUUAUGGAGUGGGCGCUUUCCUGUUUCUUCUUUCUGGUGAAUCACUGCUAAUGGGAGUGACAAAGUGCAUGUGCUUUGGGAGGCCCUUAACACCUGGGGUAAAUCGAGCGUGGUCCAUUAUAUAUUUUCUUUCUUCUUGGGUCACUUUUCUGGUAGCAGAAGCUUGCUUGAUAGCAGGUGCAACCAAGAAUGCCUACCACACCAAAUACCGUGGAAUGAUUUAUGCUCAUAACUUCUCAUGUGAAGCCUUGCGGAAAGGUGUCUUCAUUGCCGGAGCGGUUUUCGUUGUUGCAACCAUGAUUCUUAACGUAUACUAUUACAUGUACUUCACGAAGGCAAUGACAACACCAGUUUCUCAUAAGGCAAAUCGGGUGAGCUCCACUGUUGGAAUGGCUGGAUAUGCAUGAUGGACUAUGGCUGAAAAGGGUAACAAAUUGAGUCUUAAUUUCAGUGGAUAUCUCUAUGAUUGUCACUAGCAAAACGGUGAUUUUCAGUUUGGUUUUUCUUAGGUGUUUAUAAUGUUUUUGUGGAUGUUACUGGUCAGAAGCAAUUUAUAGCUAUAUCUAUAAAUAUCGUAGUUUAGGAAAAAGAGGGUCUCUCAUUAUGUUAUUGGGUUUCAGAUAAACGUGAUGUUGAAAGUCUGGAAAAUGUUUGGGCCUAUAUUUCCCUCUAAUAGAAUUGGAAUUUUUGAAAGUCUUGCUAUC